AAAUCCUCUUCCUGCUUUCCAACGAACGGAAGCAAUUACAGGACUGGUUACUGUAAAAUUUCAUAUAUUUCAACCUACUCGAGGCUGUUGACCUGCAACAUAUUUCCGCGAGAAUGCACCAUACGACAGUGUAAAAAAGGUGUGUAUAUCCCAGCUGUGACUAAACGGGAAUCCACCGCGCGCUCCAUAUUGCGUCGACGAUGAUUCAACCGGACCGCGGACGAUCAGCACCGUAAACGCACGAAAGAAAAAGUUGAAGUUCAUGAUCGUGAUCUUCUUUUCUGUACAACAACACAACGGCACCCCGCAGCCCAAGGAGACGAAGGCCUGCCCCUGAAGUGACUAGCAGUCGUAAGAUCACCAUACCACCAUAACUUCAUCAGUGGUGUCAAUGAAUUUGAUAGCAUAGGCUCCGGCAAGGUCAUCAAGAGUUGCUGUUUUUUUUUUUCUCUCUAGUUGAGGGCAAGCCAAAUGACAUGUUUGAGUGUGAAAUGAAAUAACGGGUGGUGCAUGAAUGAACUGGACUGAUAGAUUUAAUGAAUCGCCUGCAUUUCAGAGUGCGUGUUGUGCUUCUAAUGAGAUUUCAGUGUGAUCUUUUCCACAUGGAAUUGACCAGCGCGGCCGUAGCUUCAAAAAAAACACCAUUCUGAGCAACAUAAGAAUUUUACUAUCACCGCGCGCGCUUAGCCUGUCUGCCGGCAAUAAACAAGCGCAUGUAAAAACCAGAUUCAGCGAACAACAACAGCAGCGACCGCUUCGCGCGUCUGGUAGAAUAAAUCCCUAUAAAAGCAUAGAUCGGAGCUUUUCCACCAACUAGAUCAUCAAACGGUUUCUGCUCGGUAGGACGCAUUGCAUUAGAAGAAGUCGUGUUGCGAAGUGAAAUAACUCAUUAAACAAUAUCAAAAGACCAUUUAAGGAUCGCACCCGAGUGAUGGUGUGAAAAACCGGCAUAUCCAGAAGCAUAAGUGCGAACCGAUACCCGCCGAAGAUCAAAGUGUGUGCGGUAAAACAAGUCAUUUUGUGCAGACCAUUUGAGGGCAACACUUCACCGCAAGACCUUUGGCGCUAGAAAAAAAAGUGAUUGGUGCUGUGUACACUUUUGUACCUUCUAGUUAACCACCGCAUGGCCGUUUAAUUCUGUCCGUCUGCACGCUGCAAAAGUAGAAGUCACGAUGAGGUCACUGUCGCUGGUCCUAGCAAGUGUGCUGAGUCUGUUGCUGCUGACCGAGGUUAUCCUAGCGACUCCCAUUCUGCUGGACAAGCUGUUCGGGUUUGCCGCGUACCAACCGAGCUACUCAGGCGGCGGUUACGGGGGCAAUCAGCACGGCUAUUACGGCACCGGUGGUGGAGGUUAUCACAGCGGACCAACCAGCAAGCGCAAACCGCAAGGCCGCUCGUACAAGGAUAUCUGCCGGGUGGUGAACCCGACCCAGUACGCACUGCCAGGAAGUGUCUCGUAUCCGGCGGCACCGUUCUGUCCGUACUAGGUUGGGUGUGAUUGUGUUAGAAAAAUCAGCUCCUAAACUUGUUCCUUAUUAAGUGUGAAUCUCGCUUUAUUGAUAGUGAUAGAAAUAGGUGUUAUUAAUGCCGUAUUAGUCAUAAGAGGAGUGUGAUUAAAAUGCGAAAUUCCAUUCAAGUAAAA